GACUCGGCAGCAGCAGCGGCAGCAGCUGGAUGGACUUGGCUGUGCUCUCCAGUACAGACCAGGAUGUUCCGCCUCCAGCUGGAUGUCGCCUUUUCCCUCCUUUCUACAUGUUUCCAUCCAUAGUUUGACCACAUAUUACUUUUUAAGGAGGACAGUGACACCAUGGGGCUCGUAUAGAUGCACUUAUAGACGCGAGGAAGCUACAAUUCUGAUGGAAUAUUUUACAAUUAGCCUGGAGGGUUGACUUCUUCGUCCUUAUCGUCUCCCCUCUCACGUUCUGAUGAUGUACCCGUCCUCCGAGAGCAACUCCACCGAGUCUAUCCUGUGGAUCAACACCACAGACGCAAACUUCUCGCAGCAUGGAAGACACGACCAUGAAGAGCAUCAGCAGCAACAGUAUCACGAGGAGGAUGGAGGAGGGCAGCAUCAGCACCCCUUCCUUACAGAUGCUUGGCUGGUGCCGCUCUUUUUCUCCCUCAUCAUGCUGGUGGGUCUGGUGGGCAACUCUCUGGUCAUAUAUGUCGUCUCCAAGCACAGGCAGAUGAGGACAGCCACCAACUUUUACAUAGCAAACCUGGCUGCCACUGACAUCAUCUUCCUGGUUUGCUGCGUCCCCUUCACGGCCACCCUCUAUCCUCUACCUGGGUGGAUCUUUGGUAACUUUAUGUGCAAAUUUGUGGCCUUCCUGCAGCAGGUGACCGUCCAAGCCACCUGUAUCACUCUGAUGGCAAUGAGCGGUGACCGUUGUUACAUCACCAUCUACCCCCUGAAAUCUCUCCGCCACCGCACGCCCAAGGUCGCCGUAAUUGUCAGCGUCUGCAUUUGGAUCGGCUCCCUUGUCCUGUCCACCCCAAUCCUGAUGUACCAGCGCAUCGAGGAGGGCUACUGGUAUGGUCCAAGGCAGUACUGCAUGGAGAGGUUCCCUUCCAAGACUCAUGAGAGGGCCUUCAUCCUCUACCAGUUCAUCGCCGCCUACCUGCUGCCCGUCCUCACCAUCACCUUCUGCUACAGCCUGAUGGUGAAGAGGGUGGGCCAACCCACCGUGGAGCCGGGAGACAAUAACUAUCAGGUCAACCUCCUGUCCGAGAGAACCAUCAACAUCAGGAGCAAAGUCUCCAAGAUGGUGGUUGUGAUCGUCCUACUCUUUGCCCUCUGCUGGGGUCCCAUCCAGAUCUUUGUCCUGUUCCAGUCCUUCUACCCCAACUUCCAGGCCACCUACGCCACUUACAAGAUCAAGACGUGGGCCAACUGCAUGUCCUACGUCAACUCCUCAGUCAACCCCAUCGUGUACGGCUUCAUGGGUGCCAGCUUCCAGAAGUCCUUCCGGAAAACAUUCCCCUUCCUGUACAGGCACAAAGUGAGAGAUAGCAGCAUGGCAUCGAGGACGGCUAACGCUGAGGUCAAAUUUGUGGCGGCAGAGGUCGGUAACAACAACAAUGACAACCAAGUCAACUGAAGGAGCCCGAUAAUGGAACAUCUGGCUGAUUUCCAAAUGAGAGAUAACGCUGUUCAACAUGGAGUAAAGCCUCUUAAUCCAAAAAUGAGACAAGCCGUCAUGCACAAAGGACACUGGGAUCAUUUGCCGACGGGUCCCCUGCCAAAGCAGGCUGUUGUUGGCACAUCUACAACUCAAUAAGCAGCAGAGAGGGAUUUGGCUACUGUGUAGUGUUGGACAUACUUGGUUUGUCAAACUAUAAGGAACAUAAGGAGAUCUUACAUCAGAUGGGUCUUUCCACAAGGUUGCCACACAAAUAUGUGUUCAUGUGGUUUACAUCUGACUAGACCAUGGAUACCGUGGACCACGGUUAAAGGGUUGUUUCUGCAGUGAGCAAGUCUAUGUGGACCUACAAGGAGCUGAUUAUUUAUUAUUAUCAUGUAUCCACACUUAUGUUGACGUUGUCUCCAAUUUAAAGGCAUUCUAACAUGUUUUUGUUGCUUUAUUUUCACAUGAUUGUCUAGUACAGGGGUCGGCAACCUUUACUAUGAAAAGAGCCAUUUCACCCACUUGCCCACUAAAGAAAAAUAGCCUGGAGCCGCAAAACGUUGUAUGUUUAAAACAACAUUGGAGGGAAAAAAAAAGACGAGUUGGAGUACUCUUGCUAGUACUGGAGAUAAACUUUUGUUUUUAAAUGAGCUCUAAUUUAUUUUUUAGAAUCGUCAAAUAACUCAUUAAUAAUAAUUAAUAACUCAAAUAACUCAAAGUAUUACUCAUUUCCCUUCAUGUUAACCUGUCAGAGAGAACUGGAUAGCAUCCUGUCUGCUCAUUCAGUCACCAGUCAGAACUCAGUCAGGAUGCAUUCAUGGUCUCACACAAAGUUGGAUUUUUGUAAACUCAUAACAAAGACGUGCAUUUUCACCACACGGGUGCUAAAAAAUAUUCAAGCAUUGCAAAGGGAGCCGCAACAAAGAGGCUGGAGAGCCACAUGCGGCUCUGGAGCCGCGGGUUGCUGACCCCUGGUCUAGUACAACAGUCGGUCUGGCAUUUCAGGAGCGCUUUAACUAAUUACGCCAUCCCUAUACAUCAAUAAAUGUGAGUGUUUCAUUGACUUUGUUAAAGAAUAUUGGUGUGCUUAUCUUAUUUUUACUCUUGUAUGACAGUUAAGAAUGAUAAUAUGUGACAUAAAUUAAAGGCCUUAUGAUGGCCACAGCUGGGACUGCAACAAAUACAAUCAAUUACCAUUAUUACCCAUGAGGAAAUUUAAAUAAAAAUAUUUUUUUAAAUAAAUAUUAGGGGUGCAACAAUACACAAAAACAUACAUUUGCACCAG